AUGGCGGCCGAACGACCGCGGCGGUUCGCCGCGCAGGUUCCGGCGAGUCCCGCCAAAGUCAGUCGUGCGGAAGCGCAGAUUGAACAGGCGGCGGCGGAGCGCGUGAACCUGUCGGCGUAUCCGAAGGACCAUCCGAUCUGGCAGGACAGCCACUUUUGCCCCGACGGACCAGACGCGAUGUUCCCCGACGCCGAGGAGGCCUUCGCGGCUGCGGCGGCGAGUUUGGGAUUCACGACACAGGACGGAGACGAAGGAAACACGACGCAAGAGGACGGACGCGACACCUCAGAGGCCGGGCGUGACGCAUCAUCAGAACCCUUCAGCGACAACGGGUGGGCGACUAUAGCGGCGCUGGCGGGCACUCCAUUAGCUGCUGGAGGAACGGCGAUGUCGACGCCUUCGACGAGCGCAAAGCCGUCGGUUGCUUUCGCCAUCGACACGCCGGUGGGUUUACCCGACCUGGAUGCGAUGAUGAACACCCCAGUGAUGGACGGGAGCAAAGACCGCGUGCGGUGGACCCCAGAGGAGGAUGAGUUAAUCAUUAGGAUGCGCGUGCAUGGUGACCGGUCCAUCGACUGGAACACAAUAUCUGCCGCCACGGGUCGAUCCAAACAAUCGGCGAAGAACAGGUGGCAGUAUGUAUUGAAAAAGAGGUACCCAGAAGUGCCCGCGGGACGAGUACACGGCAUCUGA